UGAACGGAUAGUAGACAAAACAACCUCAACUCAGUCGAGUCAGUGAAAUUAUAGUUUAUCAUUAAACAUUAAUAAAAAUGGCUUCAGUCAAAGACGUCGCGACUCUAUAUCAAAAUCUUAAAACUGAGUGGGCCAAGAAACCCCGUAAACUAGAUAAAUGUGGCGAGUUAUUGAACAAAAUAAAGAUUGCUCUGACUCAACUAACUUUCCUCCCAAGCAAUCACACUGCUGCUAAUCAGAAAGAAUUGAUAUUGGCAAGAGAUGUAUUGGAAAUUGGAGCACAAUGGGCGGUUGCGGCUAAGGACGUCAAAGCCUUCGAACGAUUCAUGUCACAGCUGAAAUGCUAUUACUUUGACUACAAAGACCAUCUCCCAGAAUCAGCCUUCAUGUACCAGCUUCUUGGUCUGAACCUGCUCUUCCUCCUCUCUCAGAACAGAGUAGCUGAAUUCCAUACAGAGCUUGAACGACUCUCUGUUGAUGUAAUCAGGGCUGACCCGUACAUCAGACAUCCCUUGGCUUUGGAGCAGUAUUUAAUGGAAGGAAGCUAUAAUAAAAUAUUUUUAGCUAAGGACAAUGUCCCUGCAGAAAGCUACACCUUGUUCAUGGAUACAUUACUGGACACUGUGAGGGGAGAGAUAGCAGCUUGUAUUGAGAAGGCAUACCUAUGCAUUUCCUGUGCCGAAGCUGCACGAAGACUGAACCUGCCAUCUCAGCAAGCUGUGCAUGAAUAUGGCAAGAAGCGUAACUGGGUACUUGGCCCCGACAACUGCUACCACUUCAAUGCGGCUGAAGAGACUUGCGCCGCUGCCGCUGGUGUCCUGCCGUCUCCAGAACUCGCGGGACAGAUUAUCGAAUACGCCAGACAUCUUGAGAUGAUUGUGUAGAUUAGUUUAGAUUUUCUUAUAUAUUUGUCGCAAUUAAAUUUUUCGAGUAAUUAU